AUGUCCCAGCUGGCCCUGAACUACAACGAAAAGCUCGAGCUGUUGCAGAGAAAGAUUUCUGAGAUGAAGCGCCAGAUUGAAACACACCAGAACAGCUCCUCCACAGCCCAGAUGAAGUACUCCUCCACCUACCAGCACAAAAACUACAGUGUCUAUAAACCACCACGACACAUCUACUCAAACAGAUUUCCAUCUCACAAGAACAAGACAUUGAUCUUGAAUAAUGGCAGUUCGCCAACAGCCUUUUCAAGUCUAGCAACUCCAACUUCAAGUCUAGUAACUCCAGCAACUUCAAGCUUGUUAAAUUUGUCUCAAGAUAGAGAACCUCAGUCCACAGCUCUACUUCAAAAUAAUGAAAACAAAAACUUUACGAAUAACUUUGUUCAAUCCUAUUCUCAAGGUGGAUUGAAGUUAAUUAACAAAGAAAUAUUUGAUAAAAAUUUAAACUUUACUUUAAAUCGAAAAAAAAUUAUAAGAGAGCAAAAAAAUUUAAUAAAAGUCUCAAAAAUUGUGUCAAAAAAUAACGUCAAAUUUGAUUACUGCGACAGAAUAAAUCUAAAUGGAAUAUCAUAUGCCAUAACAUUAAGAGGUUUUAAAUUGAUCCCUCUAUCUACUUUCGAUCUUGAUAGUUUACCAAGUCAAUUAAAAUGGUUCAGCUCUUCCUACAAACUCUCUAAAAAUGGCUCUUAUAUAAAAACCGAUGGGAAAUUAACUCAAAUACCUUAUUGUAGGUAUUAUACCAAAACUGGAAUUUGUAAUGAUGGGACAACAUGUAAGUAUAAACAUGAUCCUAAUCAUAUAGCUUUAUGCAGAAAAUUUAUCAGUGGAAAAUGUAAUCCGGAUUAUAAUCAAUGUUCAUUAUCCCAUUUUCCAAAUCAAUUCAAUUCUCCUACAUGCGUGUUUUAUCUAAAGGGAUUUUGUUCAAAAGGAGAAAAUUGUUCCUUUAAUCAUGUUAAAACAGAUAAAAAUGCUAAAAUCUGCAGAUUAUUCACCCUUGGUGGUUGGUGUGAUAGGGGUCUUUCCUGUAAAUUUAAACAUAUUUAUGAGUGUCCAGAUUUUAUAAAUGAAGGUUUAAAUCCUUGUCCAAGAGGUAAAAAUUGCAAGUUAUCUCAUGUUAUCAAAAACGAAAACAAUGAUAAAAUUAAUAAUAAUACACAAAAUAUACAGAAGAAAGAUGAAUUAAUCGAGCAAUUAUUUCUUUAUAAUAGUUAUUUUAAUGAAAAUUUGAAAAAUAAUAGAAAAAAGAAUUUCAAUGUUGAUAUGAAUAAAGUAUCUGAAAUGAUUGACAACAGUGAUUCAGAAAGUGAUUUAGAAAGUGAAAAUGACAGUGAAAGUGACAGUGAAAAUGAAAAUAAUAGCAAUAGUGACAGUGAAGAUUACUUUGAUCUUGAAAAUCGAAAUGAAGAAAACUUGGCUAGUGGUACAAAUGAAAAAAUAAAAGAAGAUAAAAACGAAGAUGAGAAUAAUAGUAAAAAAGAUAAAGAAAUACUCAAAAAAAUUCAAGAAAAUGAUACAAUACAACAGAGAAAUAUUAUUAUGAUCUCUGAUUCAGAGGAUUCAGAGGAUUCAGAGGAUUCGAGCAUUUCAGACGAUUUAAAGGAUCUAGAUUUCAAAAAUGACAAUAAUGGGGCUGAAUUUUCAGAAAACAAAGACAUUGUUUACUUAUAAAAAUAUAUAUUAUUCUUUGCUAUAAACAAACCAAUGUUAGUCAUCCCAUGAGGAUUAAUUAAAGUUGAAACUAGUCAAUAGAGACCAAAUCUUGAAUUUACGAAGCGAGAAUCGCUUGAUUCGAGUUACAAAAAAAC